AUGGCUGAACGAAUCUUGAUGAAUGAAUUUAAGGGCCUGCUGAAAGAGAAGUGGGUGCAUGCCGAGUUACACAAUGACGACAUCUUCAACUGGGACAUCGCUUUGGUGGUCAUCAACCCGGACUCCCUGUACUAUGGCGGGUACUUCAAAGCCUCCAUGAAGUUCCCCUCAAAUUACCCUUACGCCCCACCCAAAUUCCGCUUCCUGAAACCCCUCCACCACCCCAACAUCUACCCAGAUGGCAAACUAUGCAUCUCCAUCCUCCACGCACCCGGUGACGAUGAAAUGUCCGGAGAGUUAGCUUCCGAGCGCUGGUCACCUGCCCAGCGAGUGGAGUCCGUCUUGAUCUCGAUUCUCUCUCUCCUAGACGACGCCGAGCCCUCUUCACCAGCCAACGUCGACGCCGCCGUCUUGCUGCGCAACGAACCGAGCAUAUACCGGCAGCUCGUCAAAGCCGACGUGGAAGCCUCGAAACAGGAUAUCCCCGCAGGCUUUGAGAUGCCGACCCACGAGACAACCGCGGUGACCGAUCCUACCGAGAAGGAAGAUCAUGAUUUCUGGGCUGAUAGCGAUGUCGACAGCGAUGUCUUCGGAGGCAGUGAUUCUGAAGACGAUCUUGACAUGGAGCAGUCCAGCGGUAGCGACAUGGAUAUGGAGGAUGAGUCGGAUGAUGAGUCGGCUGAGGAACCACGAACGAGCCAGGCAAAGGCCUGA